CGUGGUACUAUUGAUUCAUUAAACGACUUAAUGUGCUGAGCUGAGGUUCUGUGAAAACUGCGGUACCGAUAUGCCAUUGCGUACCCCAAAACAUAAAAGUGUCUUAAGUUAACUUUUAGUUUUUACCUAUCCCUGUGUUGGUGUUUUUGCUUUUGCUUUCGGUUUACAUAAACAUAAACUACAGACGGAAAAAAAAAAAUGCGCAUCAAGUUUUUCUGAAAAUACUCUCAGUAAUUGCAACCGAGCUUCAGAUAUGAGAACCGCACAGUCGUUUGUUGCAGUCAAUUUUCUACAUAUAAUCUACAAGAAGAUUGUUACUAUCUCCAGUACGCCUCUUCCAAGUAACGCAAAUACUUACAUUAAAUAAAAAUAAAAACUCGUCGAAGCACAGACAGGUUGCAACCUUGGGACUCGCAGAUGAUGGAGAAGAGGUUCUUCAUCAUCACCAGAAAGCAGACAAAAUCUGGGCGCAAGUCCAUUGACAAAGGCACCGUGGGGUGUGUGGAGAAGGAAACCGAGGACGAGUUUAUAGGCACGCUGAUUAACUACAGUGCAAAACAGGGAUGUAGCCUGAAGAAGGACAACCUCCAGCUGAUCAGCAGGCAUGAAGCCCAGCUGUUGAUCUUUAUAGACAACCUUGCGAAGCGACUGGAGCUGCUGCAGAAUAGGAAACUGUUCUCUGCGAUCAGUGCCCUGCAGGAGAAUGAUUUGGUGGUGGUGAGACACAACAAUGUGGAGACGCCAGGCGUGGUAAAGCGACUGGUAGAGAAGUGGAAAAAGGGGAGCAACGGGUUGGAUGUCUUUAAAUCCAUGGCAUUUGAGGUUGAAUUGCUGCAGGAAGCUGAGCACAGAUAUUCUCAAAGCAGAGGCUUGGCUUAUCCAGUAUUCAACGCAGGGGAAAUACUUCAAGUUAGUUCGGUUGACCGGCCCAAACCAACCUUCAAGGCAGAUGAGCAUAAGGGAGCUCAGAAGCAGAGGGACCUCGGGCGGCAGAACUCCGACUCGAAUGCUGUGCCCCAGAGAUGUCAAGCUCCAGAGAGGCCUGGUCCCCCAGCAGCACUCAGCCCCACUGCUGCAGUGGAGAACGGGGGGCUGAAGCGGGUGGUAUCGGGGGGCUCUCUCGGAUCAGCGUUGCAGACUGCACCUUUGGAGCUGGGCUCUCUGACGGAGCUGCAAGCUAGCAACGGGGCUACCGUGCACGGAGUGGUCAGGUGGAUCGGAGUCCCAGAGGGCAAGUCUGAACACUGGGCCGGGGUCGAGCUGGAUUACGAACUGAAGGACUGUUUAGACGGACAGCUUGGGGGGCAGCGGUACUUCAACUGUGACAGGAACAAGGGCAUGUUUGUGAAGCUCAGGGACCUCAGACCAGACAGCAGGUUCCUCCCAGCGCCCUCCUACAUGGAACCCCCCUGCUACCCUGAGCCUCAGGCAGCAGCAGAGAGACGCUUUGAGGCGGAUAGUAGGAAUGAGGAUGCCCCUCCCAUUCCUGAGUCUUCGGCCCUGCAGCUCCUGGAAGGGAGAAUGAAGGGGAUUCAAGGACACUACAACUCCUGCUACCUCGAUUCAGCACUCUUCAGCUUGUUCAGUUUCUCUUCGGCUCUCGACAGCGUGCUGCACUGUCCUGUUGUGUCUGAGGAGCUGAUCCAAAGCGUGCUGAGGAGGGACAUCGUGAACCGGCUGCGGAGACAGGGGUUUGUUCCAGCAGAGAACGUCAUGAAACUACGCCAGCUGCUGGGCUGCGACUCCUUCACCUUUGAGGAGAAAGACCCAGAGGAGUUCCUCAGUGUCUUGCUGCACCAGGUCCUGUCUGUGGAUCCCCUGCUGAAGAUAAGGUCGAAUGAGAAGACUCAGGACUGCUACAGUUACCAGAUCAUCCUGGAGCGGGAGGAAGCGGUGAGCGUGCCCAGUGUUCAGCUGCUGCUGGAGCGGUCCUUCCUGUCAUGUGACCUGAAGUUUGAAGAGAUCCCAUCGUGCUUAAUAAUCCAGAUGCCCAGGUUCGGAAAGAAGUUCAAAAUGUUUCCUAAGAUCAUUCCUUCCACUGAGCUGGAUCUCACUGACCUGCUGUAUAACACCCCUCGAGAGUGUUUUCUCUGUGGAGCGGUGGCAGAGCUGGAGUGUUACCAGUGUCUGAGAGACCCCAGACUCACACCAGGGAUGAUCAAACAGUUUUGCCGGCCGUGUGACAAACAGGUCCACUCUCACAGGCAGCGGCAGGAUCACCAGCCCCGGGAGAUCUCCCUGCCCCGGGACUUCCCCGCCAGCACCCCCGUGCCCAGGCAGAAGAUGGAGCUCUUUGCUGUGCUGUGUAUUGAAACCAGUCACUACGUCUCCUUCGUCAAAUACGGACCAGGGAGAAACUCCUGGCUCUUUUUCGACAGCAUGGCUGACCGUAGUGGAGAUGAAAACAUCCCUGAGAUUAAGGCCUGUCCACAAGUGGGAGAGUUCUUGUCGCAGUCUGAAGAAGGUCCUGUGCAAGUGGAGCUGGAAUGCACGGACGUGUUUGUAAAGAGACUGUUGUGUGACUCCUACAUGUUCAUGUACCAGUGUCCAGCGUUGUUUCUGUACAGAUAGCACGGCUUCACAGCCUCAGAAGCACUUUAUACACAAUGUACAUACACACUGGCGGUUUUUUUUCUCAAUGCAUUGUUUAAUACUACAUUAAUUUGCAAUACUACAUCAAGGUCCCAGCAAUGGCCAGCACUAGUUAAAAGCUUAUCAGAUCUGCUUGGACUCUAGCCUAGCCCUCCAUCCUCAGCCUUUGUGGUUGUUAUAAACGUUUUGAGAUCAUUUAGGACAUAGGUUAGGGUAUCCUAACACUGAGAACAGUUUAAUGGUUGACAAUAAAGUUACUUAAAUUAUAUGAGGUGUUAUGCGCUAGGAAUAAAUUUAGACUGGGGUAAAUCAUGGAGAUCAAAUUAGAUGCAUCCCUUAUAAAAGUUUCCCAUAGUAAAAGCAUAGCAAAGUGUAAUAAAGCACAAUAAAGCAAAGGAAGGUAUGGUAACACAUAUUACAAGCCAUGGUAAUCUAUGGUAAAUGCAUAGCAUAACCAUGAGAAGGCAUGAUAAAUAUGCCAUGCAAAAAUACUAUGGUAAACUUUUAUAAGAAAUAAUCUGUACCUGAAUUGAUAAAUAUUCUAACAUGAUGAAGAGGUAACUAAGUAUUACAUAUGUCUUAAUAUAUAUUUACGAUUCUAUAUUUUUAUUAGCUCAGUUGAUUUACACCAUCUCAUUCAACUUUGGGCUUAUUUUGUGUUUUUUUUGUAAAUCAACCCGUUUGUGCUGUCCCCUUGCAAGGGUUCCAAUUAAAAUGGAAUGAAUGUACAGUAAAUGUAGAUCUCAGAAAAAUAUCGCUACUGCUUGUCUCUUUAAUUCUUGUUCUGCAUCAUCAUGGUAUCGGCUCCGAUUGCCAGCAGUGUUGAGAUAGGUGACUUUUCUGUUACGUUAUGCAAUAAAGCAUCUACUGUAUGUAAAUGGUGCCCCAUAAGUUCGGCAUCAUAGGCAAUAUGUUAUACCAAUUAGGAUGUUCUCUGUUAAAUCGGAUGGCCACACCCUGUUGACUAUCUUCACCACAUGAAAAUUAUCUAAGUCCCUUCCUCUGGUUAAUGACCAUUGAAAUGAAUAGAGAGACAACCAACAAUAUGAAUUACACCUAGUAUGCCCGGCUUAUGGGAGAUCCUGUAUAUAAAACAA